AGCUGGGCGAAUAUGCAUGACAAAGAGGGCAACGGUGGAGACUGCUCCUUGAAGUACGAGGGGCAUGCUGCUUGGCCGCCGGCGAAAGGUUGUUCCAGAACCGAGCGCCUCUUCGGACCUCCAUUCUUCGCAUCAGCGUUCUGUUUCGCCAUCACCACCUUAAUGUCACAAGAUGUUGGCUCGCAGCUCAACAUGCCUGGAGAUAUGGCACGCUCUCCGAACGUCGCGGCCACUUACGACCCGACGUACUAAGUCAUAUCUAGCGCCUCCAUACCUGCUGGACGACUACAUACCCCGUUAUCAGCUAUUGAGUCCUCUACAAGAGAGUAAGAAGAGGACCGAGGCUUAUGCCCAUCUUCGCAACUGUAAUCUCUGUCCAAGGCUCUGUAGCGUCAAUCGGUAUGAGAAGCGUGGCACCUGCCUCAUCGGUGCAGACGUUGUAGUCAACACAGUUGCGCCUCAUUUUGGCGAAGAGCCAUGUCUCCAGGGUCAUAAUGGCAGUGGAAGUGUCUUCUUCUCUGGGUGUAAUCUUCGAUGUGUGUUCUGUCAGAACCAUGAUAUUGCUCACCAGAAGAACGGCUUUCAUCUCAGUCCCGAAGAACUUGGUGAAUGGUAUCUCAAACUACAGGAGGUUGGCAACGUUCACAAUAUCAAUUUGGUCACUCCAGAACAUGUCGUACCGCAGGUUGUACUCUCGAUUUUACACGCCAAGACCUUGGGCCUGCGCUUGCCGAUCGUCUACAACACGAGUUCAUUCGACUCGCUAGCUUCAAUUGAGCUUCUUGACGGCCUGAUAGACGUCUACUUACCCGACUUCAAGGUGUGGGACGCGGCUACCUCAAGACGCCUGUUGAAAGCGGAGGACUACGCCAAAGUCGCUAUGGAGAGUAUCAAAGCAAUGCAUGCUCAGGUCGGCGAUCUCUGCUUCACAGCUGAUGGCCUGGCGAAGAAGGGUGUACUUCUCCGCCAUCUAGUCAUGCCAGGCCAUGAGGACGAGGGCAAGCACAUUGUGCGCUGGCUAGCUGAGAACGUGAGUAAGGAUCUAUAUGUGCACAUCAUGGAGCAGUAUCAUCCUCGUGCGCAUGUCGGAAAACCGAGACGAACCACAAGCGGGCGAGCGCGGGAUCUGGUGACCGACAUCGUUGAACCUGGAGGUGCUUCAGCCGAUACUGCAACGAACAAGCAGGUCCGUUACGAGGAAAUCAACCGACCUGUUAGCCUCGACGAAGUGGAUAGGGUGAAGACAGCUGCUAGAGAAGCGGGCCUCUGGCGGCUAUUGGAAGUUGCCGAGCACGGCGGCUUCAAUAUCUAGACCACUGAGUGUGAUUGAGUGUUCCGACGAGCCGUUGAUUGCGCGAUACUCCGAGUGAUAAUCGAAGUCUUUGUGCAACAAUGGAUGGUCGCUUCCGGACUUGUGAACAAAGAGCGCUCUCCGCCAAGCAUACCGACCCCCAUGGUCCGCCAACAUGGGGUAGCUGCUUUGUUUGAUAUCGGCACGAUUCUGGAAAACCUGUUCGCCAUCAUCAUCUACGUUGG